AUGAUGCACCCAACUACGUUUCCCACCGAUUCGAAAGUUGGAAAAUACAAUUUGAUUGACGGAUUUCGACUGACAAAUAGUCGAGACGAAGGACCGGGACCUUCGAAAAAAAUAUCCGAAUUUCAAGAGAAUUCAUCCGAUUUUUAUGAGAAUUCAAGACGAAAUGAAUUGAGUAUAAAUGGAAAAGUGAGAAGACCUAAUUUGGAACACCUCCUCCUGCAAGCUCCGCCCCCUUCAGACUACAGUACCCCAUUUGAAGCUAAAGGAGAAAUCAAUGACUCGUUCUCUUAUGUUCCAUCAGUUAGUGGUGAUUGGAAUGACGAGGAGAAUGAAGCGAGUUUCACAAUAGAAUAUCUGGAAGAGAAACCACGUCUUCUGAGACCAAAAAACGAGUCAUCGAGUGAAAAUGCAGAGAAAUACAUGGAGUUGGAUCCAAAUGAAUCGAUUCUCGCCUCUUCUGGAGACCCGAAUGAUUUUGGGAUACCCCCUUUGCUCACUAAUUACUCGCCAAUGUUUCAAGAAUUGACACGAAAAUUGAUGGAGGAAGAGAGAGUGAAAUCAAGAGUAUUGAGUUUUGAUGAGAGAAUCAAACGGCUGAAAGAGGAGUUGGCGGUGGUGAAGGAGGAGAAGGAAAGGGAAAAGAGGGAAGAACAAUCCACAUCUUCAUGGUCAUCCCGGCCAUCUAUUUUGAGAAAAGGAUCGAUUCGUAGACCAAUAAGACGGAAAAGCGCACUGUCCAUCCAUACAGUGGAAUACGAUACGGAAUUGAUAGAUAUGAAUGAAAUUACUUGUGAAAUGAUGGAGAAUAUGUCAGAAGACGAGUUGAAACACGUCUGUAAUUCAUUAUUCGAAAGCAGUCCGCGUGUGAGAUUCAGAGGUUUCUAUCCGUUUCUUGUGGAAGGAAUGAUUCAGAAGGAUUAUCAGACAAAAGAUCUGAAAUUGUUCUCCUCACGUCUACGAAAUGUCCGAAUUCCCGAUACGAGAGAGCCGAAUCAAAUGUCGACGGAUUAUGUCUAUUUUGUAGUCGUUAGACAAGGAGUUUUUGGAGGAUUCUGGUACGAAACGCACCCGAGUUGCCUAAUCUCAGCGAAAUUCCGUUCGCAACACGAGACAGUCCUUCAUGGAUACGCAAUACUCGCCUAUCCGAUCGGUUCGAAAGAGGAUUCGAUGAAUGAGGAACGAUGGAUUUGUUGGAAUGAUUCGUUGGGAAUGAUGUCGAUUAAUAAGAGAUCCGCAAUGAUAGCAAUGAAGAAACAACCUGGAUGGGAUAAACAGUUGGAUAUUGUUACGUUCAGUGCGAACUCGUAUAAUGGACGAUACGUAGUGGAUAAAAUCGUCGCAUUGACGAAUGCAAAAGACAAAAGGUUCCGAAUUCCGGUGGAAAUAUUUCUCAUUGUCGACGCCACCUUCUUGGAAUCGCGUCGUGAUGAUAUCGUGUUCUAUUCGGAUGUCCUCAAAUCGGAAAUUUUCAUAAAAAAAGAUCGAAUCGGAAAUGUAAAUGAAGCUCUGCCCUAUGAGCUAAUCGUCGCCCCCACGUUCCCCUCUCCAACCAUCAUCGAAUUCCGUGUUCUUCUCAUUGUGCAGAACACUUUUUGGACUGAAGACAAGAUGUGGAUCCGAAGUCAACUUGCCGAGAAAACUAAUGCGUAUCGUGUCUAA